UUAUUAUUAUGUACCAUGCUAUUCCUUUGUUCGCAACCCGGCCUUAUCUGGGGGCAACUGCCGCCGGAUGGCGAGUAUUAUAUUGCCAAUUCUUCUUCUACUGUUUCCUGGACUAAUAACGACUACUCCUUUGCCUUAAAUUUUUCAAAUGGAGUUCAAUUACCGACGGUUAUCCUGUACAGAGAAAGCAGUGAAGGGGAAGUUGCAUGUGGCGUAAUCUGUGAUGACUUGGGCACUACCUGCCUCUUCGGUGUCAUCAUACACUACUAUUUCCUGGAGAUCGUGGCUUUAGUUUGGUCGGGUAACUGGAACCAUCCAAUCACAGCAAAUGCAACAGUGGAACUCAAUCGAGAUGGAGGAGGGUUGUCGCUGAUGGACUCUAAUGGAUCCCUGGUUUGGUCCACCCACCAAACUAAUUCUAAUAAUGGGAUUAAUCCUCUCCUCGUCGUCUAUGGUUUGAAUUUGACGGAGAAUGGAAACCUUGUCAUGUUCGGCCAAAAAAAUGAAACCAUUUGGCAGUCUUUUCAUCAUCCUGCAAACACCACUAUACUACCUUCGCAAGUAAUACGCAGUUCAGAGGAGCUCAGAGGCAGCAUAUCCACAUCACACAUUGGACAAGAUGGGGUUCCAUUAUCUAUCCUGUUGCGUCAGAGCAGCAAUGAUACCAGCUUUGCGUGUGGCUUAAUCUGUCAUAGCUUUGGCACUACCUGCCUCUUCGGCGUCUUCUUAUUCCGUCACUGGACUAACGUCUUUUUGGAUGAUAUGUUAUACUUGGAUUACCCGAGUCUAGUUUGGUCUGCUAAUCGGAACCAUCCUGUUACAGUUAAUGCAAGCGUGGAACUGAGGCGAAAUGGAGGGUUGGUUUUGAUGGACUCUAAUGGAACAGUGGUUUGGUCCACACACACUAAUGGGAGUCCUGUCUUGGGUUUGAAUUUGACAGAGAAUGGAAACCUUGUCCUUUUUGGCAAAAAUUAUGAAACCAUUUGGCAGUCUUUUGAUCAUCCUACAGACACUAUACUACCUGCAGCUUGGAAAGUAAUGUCUAGGCUUAGGGGACAGACGAUGCUCAAAGCCAGUAUAUCAAAAUCAAAUUUUGGAGAAGGUUCCUAUUCACUCUACAUUGAUUAUGACUAUUCGGUUUAUGCUUAUAUACGCUCCUCUAAUGCGUAUUGGUAUCAAUAUGCUAAUAUAGGAGAUGUGUCCAAUUAUUUUCCAAAUAAUGCAUUCAUCAAGUUUGAGGCUGAUGGACAUUUAAGAACGUAUGGAAGGUCAUCAUCAAUACUUGAGUCUUCUGAGUGGGUGGAAACUGCUGAUGUUUUCACACCUUCUACUGUUGUCCUCCUGAUAAUAAUCAACUCCACUUAUUCACGCCAGUUAACCGAAGUCGAACAACCCAAGGAUGUUAUUUAA